AUACAGUACGGUACAGUAAACGAUUCGUACGUGAGAGCAUGAAAGAUUUUUGAUGCUGUAAAGCGGGUUAGCGAACGAGGCGUACGGUAGAUUCUGGGCAGUCUCCCCAAAUGACAAGAGCAGUGGCACUCGCCGCAGACUUGUUUUGUGUUCUGGGGGAGCAAACCCAGCGAGGACCAACCAGGCUACGGCCAACCGGCAUCACACCACACCGAACCAAGGGCUUGCAGAGCGGAACGGACCCCGGAAAACCCACCACGACCCGGAAUGGAGGAAGCCCCGCGCGAGGAACGAGGCGGGGACGGGGGCGCGAAGAGAUCCCUCGUCCGAAAACGCCCGGUUUCCUUUGGCGUCUCGAGAAACUUUCACGGGAACGUCUACACCCUCUCCGGUGCUGCCGGGGAUGGCAGCAGCGGCAGCACCACCACCGCUGCGAGCAAGGAUGCCUUUGCCGAUGCUCUUUUGUCGCUGGGACACAACGAAGGAGGCGCGGGCGAUCGGAGGAUGGUAGCCAUGGUCGGGGUUCCACCGGAGCACGUGCCGGAGGGGAUUCUGAGUUUGAUCCGGUCCCACCGUCCCUUUGUGGAACACGUCCGGGUGGUCAUUUCCGACGAUUGCCGCCGCGGCGGCGACGACGUGGGAGAGGGCAAGGAAGAAAACACUUCGGGCGGCAACGGCGACAGAACAUACCUCGUUCUGGUGCAAUUGGUGCGCGAGGAAGAUGCCCUUUCGUUUGUAGAAGACCUCGACGGAAAGCCCUACAUUGCGUUUGACGACCGUGACAAGUGUCGGAUAGAACGCGUGGUUCACCUGGAGACCACCACCACAACAACGCCGGUGGCUUCGACAAAGACUCCUCCAAAACGGAACCCGAUGUUUCAACCCGAUUACGGGCGGUGCACCAUAGCGAGGAUUCCCGAGGAAGAAAGCAAGGAACCGAUGGCUACAACGGGCGCACGAAGCAACCGCGAUGCUGCCAGCCACAAUGCUUCUCUGCUGGAUCGACCGGUCCAUUCCCUGGCCAGGGUUGCCRACAACCAGAUCUGUGCCGUGUGCCAGGAAGACCUGGAGCCGAAAAGCGGCGGAAGGGCCGCUUCSMKGGGCCCGCGCCUCGGGGCCGCCCUGCUGACGACCGUCUGCAACCACACCUUCCACACGCAGUGCCUACAGCGGUACACGGGGCCCUGCCCGGUGUGCCGGUACGACCACUCGGGCCUGAACGAGACCCUCAGCCGGUGCCACUUGUGCGGAACGACCGAGCACAACUACGUCUGCCUGAUCUGCGGGGCCAUCUCGUGCGGGGUGGCCUACACCGCGGAGGCGGCCCCMCCGGCGGCGUCGUCGUCGUCSUCCACGACGACGGCGCCCGCUCCCCGGUUCUGCACCCUGAGCCACGCCGGGCAGCACUACAGCCAAACCCUCCACGCCUACGCGCUGGACACGGAAACCCAGCACGUGUACGACUUUUGCGGCCAGGGGUACGUCUACCGGCUGGUCCAGAACAAGCAGGACGGGAAACUCGUGGAGGUCAGCAAUCCCCGCCACUCCGAAACCAAUGGGGCGGGCCCCGGGGGACGGAGGCCGGGGGAACGCAGCCUCACGCCGGGCCUGUCGGACAACCAGGAGGGGGAGGUCGUCCACCGGAARCUCGAGGGCGCGGCGGAGCGGUACAAUUCCCUGCUCAAGAGCCAGCUGGAGAACCAGCGGGCCUUUUACGAGGAACGCCUGGGCCGGAUGAAGCGGGAGUUUUCCGCCGAGGCAUCGAACGCCUCGAACCGGGCCGCGGACCUCGUGUCCGUCCUGAAACAGGAAAAGAAGCAGGUCGACCAGCGCCUGUCCUCGCUCCAGCGGCGCAAAACCGAGGUCGCGGCCGAAGUGGCCUUYCUGAAGAGCACGAACGAGGGYCUGGAGGCGAACAAACCGGUGCUGAAGCACAGGAUCCUACAGGCCGGGCGAGAGCGCAACGAGCUGCGGGACGUCUUUCGAAAGAGCGUGCCGGAACUCGAAGAACGCCUCGAGGUCUUGAUGAAGCAGCUCGAAGAAGCCUACACGACCCAAGAGGGCUAGGCGUUGCCCGGGGAAAGCGAGCAAGCGCGGUAGUGCCGUAACUCAAAAAUAUUUGCCGAGUGUUGCACGGGGGAGUGCAACAUUUCGAGCGU